AUGGCGUCAACACAGGCUGGUAUAAUACUAACAACACUGUUCAAGUUUUUCUGUUGGGUCUUUAUCCCGUGGCUCCAGCAGGAGCUAAAUGCUUAUCGAGAUUGCAUCAACAACUCCGCAAAACGGCGUGACCACAAUAAGAUUCUCCCGCAUGGCGUCCCAAAUCUCAUCUACGAGGCAGCUGAAGACUUCAGGGCCUUAGAUUUCAAGAUCAAACUCGAACGAGAGGCCCUAGGCCAUGUACGAAGUGCCUACAUCAAGCCUUCACAUCCAGUAUUUGAUCUGGUCCCUCAGGCGUUUGGGGAAUACAUUGCGCGACUCUAUGAUGGACUGGGUCGCCCAGCAGUUACACGACAAUCAGCUUGGGAUAUUUAUCUCCAGCUGUUGGACUUAUUGCAGCGCGCUGAUGAGCUGCCGCCACAGAUUGUACUCCUAGACAGCAGCGAAGAUGAAGAAGUUGUCUCGCUUUUGGACAAUUACGAGGACUUACUUGCAUCCAACGACGCAUAUUAUAUGGGGGAUAUCGAACACCAUUGUCAAUUGGACAGUUUCGAACGUGAUGAUGAACCGGAAUUGACAGGAGUGGAGGAAGGCUUUGGACUGGAUGAUGCUGGCUUAGUUGUCUCGGAGUUCUCAGAUCGUGAAGAUGAUGAUGGUUCCGCAGACGAAUGGUAA